CAUUCUGCUUCCCCGGAGCCGAAUGAAGCAGGGAGCAGGGUUAGAGUCCGCCAGCUAUCAGAAGAGUCUAGAUAAAAGGAAUUGCUUCUUAAGCACCACUGCUGCAGUCCUUGUUGAUUUUUUUUUUUUUUUCUUUCCACACAACAGUUGUGCCUCAUUAUCCGGUGCCUGGCUCGAUUUUUUUUUUUUUUUUUUUUUGAGGGUUUGAAGUUUCUGGGCUUCAGUGACUGUUACAGAAGAAGAGGUGUUAGUGUUGCCUGGAGGUCUUGAUUGUCUGCAUUUAUGAAUGAAACUGACCUAAAUCACCUGUUACCUCCAGUUUCCAGAUUGUUUGAACUUCUGUGGCCGCACAAUACAGGACCCGAGACUGAAGCAGCAUAGGACCCACAGCGUCUGCAGCAUGGGCUGGUUCGCUAGGAUUGUCUGUCUUUUCUGGGGAGUGUUACUUACAGCAAGAGCAAACUAUCAAAAUGGGAAGAACAAUGUGCCAAGGCUGAAAUUAUCCUACAAAGAAAUGUUGGAAUCCAACAAUGUGAUCACUUUCAAUGGCUUGGCCAACAGCUCCAGUUAUCAUACCUUCCUUUUGGAUGAGGAACGGAGUAGGCUGUAUGUUGGAGCGAAGGAUCACAUAUUUUCAUUCAACCUGGUUAAUAUCAAGGAUUUUCAAAAGAUUGUGUGGCCAGUGUCUUACACCAGAAGGGAUGAAUGCAAGUGGGCUGGAAAAGAUAUCCUGAAAGAAUGUGCUAAUUUCAUCAAGGUGCUUAAGGCUUAUAAUCAGACUCACUUGUACGCCUGUGGAACGGGGGCUUUUCAUCCAAUUUGCACCUACGUUGAAAUUGGACAUCAUCCUGAGGACAACAUUUUUAAGCUGGAAGACUCACAUUUUGAAAAUGGCCGUGGGAAGAGCCCAUAUGACCCUAAACUGCUGACGGCAUCUCUUUUAAUAGAUGGAGAAUUAUACUCUGGAACGGCAGCUGAUUUUAUGGGGCGAGACUUUGCUAUCUUCCGAACUCUUGGGCACCACCACCCAAUCAGGACAGAGCAGCACGAUUCCAGGUGGCUCAAUGAUCCAAGGUUCAUUAGUGCCCACCUCAUCCCAGAAAGUGACAACCCUGAAGAUGACAAAGUGUAUUUUUUCUUCCGUGAAAAUGCGAUAGAUGGAGAACACACUGGAAAAGCCACUCACGCUAGAAUAGGUCAGAUAUGCAAGAAUGACUUUGGGGGCCACAGAAGUCUGGUGAAUAAAUGGACAACAUUCCUCAAAGCUCGUCUCAUUUGUUCAGUACCAGCUCCAAAUGGCAUUGACACUCAUUUUGAUGAAUUACAGGAUGUAUUCCUAAUGAAUUCUAAAGAUCCUAAAAAUCCAAUUGUAUAUGGAGUGUUUACAACUUCCAGUAACAUCUUCAAGGGGUCAGCCGUGUGCAUGUAUAGCAUGAGUGAUGUGAGAAGGGUGUUCCUGGGUCCAUAUGCUCACAGGGAUGGUCCCAACUACCAGUGGGUGCCUUAUCAAGGAAGAGUCCCCUACCCACGACCAGGAACUUGUCCCAGUAAAACAUUUGGUGGAUUUGAGUCUACAAAAGACCUUCCUGAUGAUGUUAUAACAUUUGCCAGAAGUCAUCCAGCCAUGUACAAUCCAGUGUUUCCUAUUAAUAACCGGCCGAUAAUGAUCAAAACAGAUGUAAAUUACCAGUUUACACAAAUUGUAGUAGAUCGAGUGGAUGCAGAAGAUGGCCAGUAUGAUGUCAUGUUUAUUGGAACAGAUGUUGGAACCGUUCUUAAAGUAGUUUCAAUUCCUAAGGAGACUUGGCAUGAUUUAGAAGAAGUUCUGCUGGAAGAAAUGACAGUUUUUCGGGAACCAACUGCUAUUUCAGCAAUGGAGCUUUCCACUAAGCAGCAACAACUAUAUAUUGGCUCUACUGUGGGAGUCACACAGCUCCCUUUACACAGAUGUGAUAUUUACGGGAAAGCCUGUGCAGAGUGCUGCCUUGCCCGAGACCCUUACUGUGCCUGGGAUGGCUCUUCAUGCUCUCGCUAUUUUCCUACUGCAAAGAGACGCACAAGACGACAAGAUAUAAGAAAUGGAGAUCCGCUGACUCACUGUUCAGACUUACAACACCAUGAUAAUCACCAUGGCCACAGCUUUGAAGAAAGAAUCAUCUAUGGAGUAGAAAAUAGUAGCACGUUCCUGGAAUGCAGUCCAAAAUCACAGCGAGCUCUGGUCUAUUGGCAAUUCCAGAGGCGAAAUGAAGAGCGAAAAGAAGAGAUCAGAGUGGAUGAUCAUAUCAUCAGGACCGAACAAGGCCUUCUAUUGCGUAGUCUGCAGCGGAAGGAUUCUGGCAAUUACCUCUGUCAUGCUGUGGAACACGGAUUCAUGCAAACCCUUCUUAAAGUGACCCUGGAAGUCAUCGACACAGAGCAUUUGGAAGAACUUCUUCAUAAAGAUGAUGAUGGAGAUGGCUCUAAGACCAAAGAAAUUUCCAACAGUAUGACACCUAGCCAGAAGGUCUGGUACAGAGACUUCAUGCAACUCAUCAACCACCCCAACCUGAACACAAUGGAUGAGUUCUGCGAACAAGUUUGGAAAAGGGACCGAAAACAGCGUCGGCAAAGGCCAGGACAUACCCAAGGGAACAAUAACAAAUGGAAGCACUUACAGGAAAAUAAGAAAGGUAGAAACAGGAGGACCCACGAGUUUGAGAGGGCACCCAGGAGUGUCUGAGCUGCAUUACCUCUAGAAACCUCAAACAAGUAGAAACUUGCCUAGACAAUAACUGGAAAAAAUGCAAUAUACAUGAACUUUUUUCAUGGCAUUAUGUGGAUGUUUACAACGGUGGGAAGUGCACCUGAGUUCUGCCAAUUAUAAAUUAAGUCCAUGAGUAACUUUACUAACAGGCUUUCUUCCUAAUACCAACACUUAAUAGAGGUCAGGUGAAUGCAGAUGUUCAUGCCAGUGACUUAAUGUUUCCUAUGAGAUGUCACUAUACAGGUUUCGCUUUCUUCUUUGCCUGAGAAAUAAAAAUGUCAUUUGCCAUGUUGCCAUCUAAAGAAGAAAAACUGCAUCAGCAAAGCCAUUUUAUUGAACUAGAAGUUUUAAACUGCAUGGAUUUACUAAGCUGAUGAAUAUUCCAAAACACUGUUGGAUUCAAGGAUAUUUUUUGUCUACCAGCACUCAUGUUUAUAUGUACUGGAGGAGUAAAAUGAUACUGAAUUAAACGGUCUGUGGAAAUAUGAAAAAUAUAAACCAUCCAUCAUCCAGAAGAAAAAUGGAAUACACUGAUCUACUACUGAUGUCUUCUUCCAGCUUUGAUCUAAAGAUGUAUUUUAUUAAAACUAUAAUUUAAAUGUACCAUGACAAAUAUGCAGAAAAAAUUAGCUCUUUUCUAAACUAGAGUAGGUUUUUGUCUUACAAUUAUUGUGCUUUGUAGUUUUUGUUUUUAAAAACUCCAAUUGUGUGCUGCUUUUUUUAAAACGUUGUUUUCAGUUUUGCAAGAGGAAUAACCAAUGUUGUCCUAGAAACACAUAUACAUCAUUAACAACUAAUUCCUAAAAUCUGGAUAUAAAUUAUGCUUUAUUUCUCUGAGGAAUUAAAAACAAACACUUCCCCUUCUUCAAAUAUUAUCUAAAUUUAUUAGAACCUGCAUAAUGUUCUUAGAAAAACAGCAUUUAACCGGAAAAAAAAAGAGAAGAAAGAAAUAGAUUUGUAGAUGCAUUUUCUUGUACCUAAUGGAUCAACAAAGAGAAAAGGAACUGCAUAUUUCAUGCAAAUAGUAAGCAUUGGUUUAAUUUAAUGUUAAUAGAAAGUGUCUUAAUUCUGCACUUGAAUUCCUGCCUGAUAUUUGAGACCUAAAAACUCUUUCUCAUGACUCCAUUUGGAAUUUUAUCUGUCACUUAAUUUUUUUGAGAAGAGGGAGAUCAGUAAUACUCAGAACAACCUCCUAAAAGCAAAUUUCCCAACUCUGUUUACAUUUUUAUCAGCUGCCUCUUAUCUCACCUUGUUUAAGACAAUUAUCUGCCUAAAGAACACAUGACUCUUGUCAGGUCAAUGGGAGUGACUUUUAUACAAAGUAUUUUCCAGGACACGGCUCACACUUAAAACAUGUAAAGCUCUUUGUCUCCUGCAACAACUUAUAAAAUAAGAUAAGAGAUUAUUAAUUAAGGGCUUGCCUGCUUCAUUGUCCUAAGAUGAUUCUUUGAGAAUCAUUGACUUCAAGAUGUAUAAGACCUUCAGCAUUGCAAUGCAGUUUCUUUUGCACUGCACUCAUGUUUCCAAGAAUCCCUCUCUGGGUCCUUCUUCACGCACAGAAAUGCAAAGGAAACAUCUUAUUGCUAAUCAAUGAAAGCAGCAUUGAAAUUCUAACUCUAGCUGUCUUGGGAUUCUAAUUAACUCAGCAUUAAUUUCUCACCUCAGACUACAGUGAAUUUUUUAAAAAUUCUCUAUCAGCUGAAAUAUUUCACAGAUGGAAGCUCAUGAUUCAGUUUUAAUGAUUACUUUGAAUAAAUGUUUUUUUGACGUUUGUUUCAAAUGGGAGCCUAAAAAUAUUCUACAUUCAAUUUUAGGCUCCAGUGAUUAAUACAGCGUUACUUUUAGAAGUACAUCCUCAAAUGGUAGCUGAAUUUUAAAUUAUUUGAAGGACAGACUCCU